AUGGGACAUCAGUCAACGGGACCUGAUGAAGGCGCCGAGAAAGGGAAGGCCAAAGAUCGAGAAACUAGACACGACCAGGACAAAUCUAUUCACAACGGCGACCCUCAGACCCAAGAUACCGGGUCGGCCCUCGCGCGGAUUGCUCAGUCAGCCGCCUCCUUACCGUCGUAUCUCAUGUCAGGGGCCCCAGAAAUAGGUCCUGGUGGAAGCGAAAAAGGGGAGGGUUCCCGAGUGGGACAAGCAUUAGCAAGAGCUGGUGAUAGUUCUGUCCGGAUACAGACAGACCCUUCAGCUGGUGGGACGUUGAGGCCUGGGCAUACCGAGGCGCACAUGGCUGAGCAAGAUGCGUCGUUUGCGGCGUUUCUGGAUAGUGACGAUGUUCCCAUGCUGUCAGAGCCCGCUGGGCUGGAAGAAGCCUGGCAGUCGACUACCGCAGCAACGCCGGCUUGGGUGCCAUCCCAAUCUGUACAGGAACAGAUGGCAAAAGAUGGCGCCGACGUGGUGGCCUUGCUGUCUGGACAAAGCGGUCCAGAGCCCGACCUGCUCCCAGAGGAAGCAGUUUCGCAAGCAGACCUGGCAAGUCUACGAAAGGCUCUCUUUGGCGAGGAUGCAGGGCGAUCAACAGCUGCUGUUGCGUGGGAUAAUGUCCUCAACUUCAUCCCUGAAUACCUUCGAGCGGACCCCGCUGCGGGCGGCAACACUGAGCUUUACUCGCACCUCGGAGCAGAAAACACCGAUGAGGCCUGGCAAUCAUGGCUUGACCAGUGGUCUCGGGUGCUGACGGACUAUCAAGACGAGGUUUGGGGUGAUCUCAACGCGCUGGUCGAUGACGCUCGCGAGGAGAUCAAGAGGAUGGAGGAAGUCAAACCAGGGGAGAGGCCCCCUGAGCCCAAAGCACUCCUCCGUCUGCGUGCCAUUCUUGGGCACUUGCGAGGGACGUAG